UCCGAGAGCCGGCGCCUCGUUUAGAACCCGUCGGUGAGGCGGGCGGAGGGUGCAGGGUUUCCCGGCCCGCCCCGGGAGGGACGUCCCACCGUCUCCGUCCCUCGCUGUCCUGCGCCAUGGCCGCCGCCGCCGCUUGGUGCUACCGCGGGAACCCCGAGGCCGAGCAGCCGGCGGUGCUGGUGCAGUUCUCCAACGGUAGGCUGCGGCGGUCCGACUCCAUGCGGUUUACCGUCUACCGAAGCAAGGAUACGGCCCAUCCCCGGAAGAAGCGCCGGAGGAUCCUGGUCUCGGAAACUGAAAGGCUCUCAUAUGUGGGGAGUAACUUCAGCAACGGAGUUAUGAAAUGUAACUCUCUAUGCAGGUAUUUUGUUGGUGUGUUAGACAAGGACUCUGGGCAAAUGGAAGUCUAUAAUGCUGAAAUAUUCAACAUGCAGCCCUUGCUGUCAGAUAACUUAAUACCUGAUGACACGAAGGAUUAUCAGACUAAAUCCUACAGGGAGAAGAUGGAUUUGUGCAUUGAGGCCUUUGGUACCAGCAAGCAGAAGCGAGCUCUGAACUCUCGGCGAAUGAAUGCGGUGGGCAAUGAUAUUCUGAAUACAGCUGUGACAAAAGCAGCAACAAACAUUAUAAAUGCAAAGGGAGUAACAGCUUUGACUCAGGAUGUGGCCCAAGAUGAUGUACAGAACAUCUCCAUCUUCCUCCCACCAUGUAAUGAAGAUGCUGACAAAGCAGAAGAUGUUUACAAGUUUGAGGACAUUCUGUCCCCAGCAGAGUAUGAAGCAUUGCAGGUUCCAGCAGCAGUCUUUGUUAACAUCACUCCAGAAGAAAUCACCAAGAAAAUGGAAGAUAAAAGCCAUUGCUCCUUUGUUUUAGAGGAGCUGAAGUUCCUGCCUGCUGAUGAGAAGAGGAGGGAUCACAAAGCCCGAUGCCUCUGGUUCCUGGACACCCUUAUUAAGUUCAGCCAACUGAAAGUGAUCAAGAAGAAGCAUCCAAUGGGUCCUGAAUGCCCACACAUUAUUUCCAGGAAACUCAUGAAGAAUUUCACUUCACUGACGUACAACAAUGGCAGUGUCCAGAAUUUAAUCUCUGCAUCAAUGAAGGCUAAAAUCAUAGCAUACGUCAUUGCAUUGGCUCUGCACAUUAACAACUUCCAAACAGACCUCACUGUGCUGCAGAAUGACAUGAAGCUCCAAGAAAGCAGGAUGAUGGACAUUGCAAGGGCCAUGCGGUUGAAGGUCUCCAAGGCAAAGGGGCUGCUGGGACUUGAGAAUGAUCAGAACCACAAGCUGGGCAGUCUCUCUCUCCCCUUGCCUGUGCAGAAGUCAUCAGGGAACCAACGGAAGCGCAAGAAAAUGAACUGAAAUGUCUGGGAGGUCUGAGCAGGGGCAAAACAGUUCUGUUCUCAACUGGCGUUCUGCACAUAGAGCAUCAUGGGGAUGCUUUUGUCUGUUGGAUUUGGCUGUCCAGCAUCAGCACAUGACCUUGCUGAAACCCUGUCUCAAGGCUGGGUUGGAACAGAUGUUCAGCUCAUUAAACUGCUUCUUUUUUCUA